UAGAGAUUCUUGCAUGUAGAGGAACAAAGCCAUUUACUUAUGAAACAAGAUUGGCAACUCUUAGCACACAACGCCGUCGUUCCAUAUCGUACCGACUACGUCUUCAAAGAGUGUAGUGUACAUUCAGAUUUAUCAGAAUUUAUUGGUAGUGUUUUCUCACAAUUAAAAAUGAUACGAUUCAUUCUGAUACAAAACAGGGCUGGAAAGACCCGUUUAGCCAAAUGGUAUAUGAAUUUUGAUGACGAUGAAAAACAAAAACUUAUCGAGGAAGUUCAUGCUGUGGUGACUGUGAGAGAUGCAAAACACACAAAUUUCGUCGAGUUUCGUAACUUUAAAAUCGUCUAUCGUCGCUAUGCGGGUCUCUACUUUUGCAUAUGUGUCGAUGUGAACGACAACAAUCUGUGCUACUUGGAGGCUAUACAUAAUUUCGUUGAAGUUCUAAAUGAAUACUUCCACAAUGUGUGCGAAUUGGAUUUGGUCUUCAAUUUCUACAAAGUGUAUACAGUGGUCGACGAAAUGUUCCUCGCCGGCGAGAUACGGGAGACUUCACAAACCAAAGUUCUUAAACAACUGUUGACAUUGAAUUCCUUGGAGUAGAUGCAAUUUGUUCUGGUAGUGUAGUUAUCAUUCCACUAUGUCUGUAUGUAUAUUCUGCAUCUCGGACCGCAAUCUACAUGCUUACAGAAAUAUUUUUGUAUUAUAAUGUUUUUCUAGGAACAAUACUAUCCUUUCGAAUCUUGAUUUAGUUUAUAAUUUUUGCCUUUUUGGUUACAGUUAUAUAGCAUAUACAAGUAUAACUUAACAAAAAAAAUUCUAUGUAUUCAAUAUUGUGUAGCGUAAAUACACAAACCGAGAUUUAUGCGUCGUUCAAAUAUAAAUAAAUUAUUGAUAUUGUUAAAAGUAUUAAAGAAAUAA